AUGGAUACUGCAGGCGAUAUAAUUCAACAAUCAGAGCCCAAUAAAGAGCUUUCAUCGGAUCUAGUGAAAAUAGACGAUACAAACCAAAGUUUAUCGACUUUAGGCGGUAUUCAUGAGCACACUCAAUCAUAUCAAUCUAGUUCGAAAUAUCACAGUUAUAAAAUUUUUGGUGCAUUUAGUCUCUUUACAAUUAUAUGUAUGCUUGCUGGAAUUCUGGUUGUCUAUUUUACAACACCGAAUAAAACAAAAAACAUAUGUAAAUCAGUUAUGGACACAGUUACUGAUCAGUUGCUGAGUCAGGAUUCUCAUCCACAAUUUCUUCUCACAUUUGAUUUCAACAAUGAUACUUUGAUGGAUAUUGUCGUUGUUAACUCUGGUACAAACAAUAUUGGAAUAUUUUUUGGAAGAGCUAACGGAACAUUCACUGAGCAAACGACUUUUUCAACUGGUGUUGGUUCUCAGCCAUCAUCGAUUGCAGUCGCUGAUCUGAAUAACGAUGGAUAUUUAGAUAUCGUUGUAUCUAACUAUGGCUCUCAUACUAUUGGUAUUCUCUUUGGCAAUGCGAACGGAACAUUCAGAGAUCAGAUAACGUAUCCAGUUGGAUCAUCUCGUCCAUUAAAGGUAGCACUUGAUGAUCUAAAUAAUGAUUCAUUUGUUGAUAUAGUUGUUGUUAACAAUGGAACAAACAUUGUUGGAAUUCUUUUUGGAUCUGACAAUGCUACAUUUCAGAGUCAAAUUCAACUGUCAUCCACUUACGAUUCACUACCAACAUCAGUCAUGGUCGAUGACUUCAACAAUGACAAUUUUCUUGACAUCUUUAUUAUUAAUUCUGGUCUUCACAAUAUCCAAUUGUAUCUCGGUGAUGCCAAUGCAUCAUUCACUAAUCGAAUAGUGACAUCGACAGGAAUAGGAUUUUAUCCGUUUGAAAUGAAUGCUAAAGAUUUCAAUCAUGAUAAUCUUUUAGAUGUUGUUGUUAUCAGUUCAAUUUCCAACAACAUUCGCGUUUAUUUUGGAAGUGUAAAUGGAACAUUCAUCGAAGACAAAACAUACUCAACUGGUUAUAAUUCGAAGCCAACAGGCGUUACUCUUGGUGAUUUCAAUCAUGAUGAUCAAGUCGAUAUAGUGGUUUGCAAUAGUGGUAUCAACAAUAUCGGUGUUUUUCUAGGUUUAGGAAAUGGAACAUUCAUGGAUCAAGUGACGUUUUCGACUGGUGUAAACUCUAAACCAUCGUCUGUGAUCGGUGGAGACUUUAAUAAAGAUCAACGAUUAGAUAUUGCUGUGGCUAAUUAUGCUACGAACAACAUCGUCGUUCUUCUUGCUUAUUCGAAUGCUACUUUCUCGAAACAAAAGACUUACACAUCUGACUCAGCAUUUGAGCCAAACUCAGUAGGUAUUGGUCAGUUUAAUAAUGACAGUCAUUCUGAUAUUGUGGUCGUUGACAAAGUUAAUAGCUUUAUUGGAACUUUGAUGGGCAACGGUGAUGGAACUUUUUCAAACUUGCGAACUUAUCUCAGUGGCAAUGAUAUACAACCAAGUGUAGUUGCUGUGGGUGAUUUAAACCAAGAUGGGUUUGAUGAUAUUGUAUUCGAUAGGAACGAUGUGUCGAGUUCUACUAUGUCUGAAGAAAAUCAGUAUGAUUACGAUUUUUAUUCAUAUUAUGGGCCUACAUUAAAUUUUGAAUUGAAUACCGACUCCUUAUCGAUUGUUAUUUGUGAUUUGAACACUGACACUCAUCUUGAUAUAGUGAUUGGAGCGAUAGGCAGCCGCAGUAUAAACGCGUUUUUAGGAGACGGUAAUGGAAAUUUCACAUCUGCAUUUCAUUCUGGAACUUCUGCUGCUUUCUCUGGAUUCACCAUUGCUGAUCUGAAUCAUGAUGGGAAACCCGAUCUUGCUGUUACUUAUUCAACUUACAGCAAUUCUUACGGCGCGACGGGCGUACUUCUCGGGAAUGGUAAUGGUAUUUUUUCUAGUGAAGUGCAAUACUCUACUGGUUAUUAUCCGCUAACAAACGCUGUUGUUGCCAGUGAUAUAAAUGGUGAUAGUUUUAUUGAUCUGAUUGUCGCCAAUUUAUGGGCUAAUAAUGUGGGUAUUUUUCUCGGAUAUGGAAAUGGAUCAUUUCAGCCGCAAAAAACUUAUACUACGGGCGCCGACUCGCAUCCAGCUUUAGUUUUUAUUGGUGAUUUCAAUAAUGACAGUAUCGUGGACAUUCUUUUCAAUUCUGAAUCAGAGAAAGCAAUUGUGAUUUAUCCGAACUAUGGUAAUGGAAGUUUUGCUGAUCUCAUCUUCUAUCAAACUAGCACUACAUCGCGUCCACAAUCAGCUGCUAUCGCUGAUUUGAACCGUGACACUUUGUUGGAUGUUGUCGUUGUUAAUUCGGAUGAUAAGAACAUAGGUGUUUUUCUUGGCUUUGCAAAUGUAAACUUUAUGAGUGCAGUGACAUAUUCGACUGAAUCAUCUCCUGGACCACGUUUCAUUGUUACUGAUGAUUUCAACGAAGAUCAUCGGGUAGACUUUGUUGUCACUAACUAUAUCACCAAUAAUAUUGAAGUUUUCUUGGGUGAUGGUCGUGGAAAUUUUCCUUUUCAGAAUCAUUAUUCAACUGGUUCAAUCUCAUCACCCAUCGCUACUAGUGUGAAUGAUUUCAACAACGACCAACAUCGAGAUAUCGUCGUAGUCAAUUCAGGCACUGACUCUUUUAGUAUUUCAUAUGGCGAUGGCCAUGGGAGUUUGCGAGAACAAAUCAGUUAUUCGCUUUCUGUUGAUUCUAGUCCAUAUUCAGUUGACAGUGGAGAUUUCAAUAAAGACAAUCAACAAGAUAUUGUGAUUGCUAAUUAUGGUAGUGACAACGUGGAAGUACUCAUUCAGUUUAAUACGGGAUACUUUGGAAAACCAACGUUGUAUUCCACAAGCCCAGGCUCCACUCCGCAGGGAAUUGCUGUUGGAGAUUUUAACAAUGAUAGUCGACUUGAUCUCGUAGUUGCUAACAAUGGAAAUCAAAAUCUUGGCAUUUUCUUUGGGAAAGGCAAUGGAACAUUCUUUGACCAAAUUCUGUACUCUCCGAGUAGUUCAUUUCUUCCUGUUUCUGUUGCUACUAGUGACUUCAACAGUGACGACAUGUCAGAUGUUGUCGCUGUUGACAACGCGAAUCAUGUUGUAUACGUUUUAUUAUCACUUGGAAAUGGAAAUUUUACUGUAUCAACGACUUAUGACACCUCAUAUAACACUUGGCCAACAUCGAUUUCCAUCGGCUAUUUGAAUAAUGAUUCGGAACUAGAUAUCGUUGUUGGUCAACUUUUCGGCGCACAGAUAUCAGUUUUUCUUGGCCUUGGUAAUGGUACAUUUUCUGUGUCAAAAGUGUUUACAAAUAGUGAUCAGGGUGGACCAAAUUUUUUCAUCAUCGCAGAUCUUGGCAAUGAUAAUUGUUCGGAUAUUGUUGCUGCCAAAGGUGGAGUUCACGUCAUUGAAAUAAUGUAUGGUAUGUGUGAUGGCACAUUCUCUAGACGGAAAACUGUACCAACUCUUCCAGGUGCACUACCAUCUUUUCUUGAUGUUCGUGAUCUCGAUAAGAACGGAUGGCCCGAUAUCGUUGUCCUCAAUAGUGCAUUGAGUAGUGUAACUGUGAUGUUUGGACAUAUUAACAAUUCUUUUGAUGAUCAAAUAACGAUGUCGACUGGAAAGGAUGCCCAAUCGUCAGCAGUUGUUAUUGUCGAUGUUAACGAUGAUGAUCUCGAUGAUAUCGCUGUUGUGAAUUCACAAAGCAGUGCUGUUGUUAUUUUCCUUGGUUAUGUUAACAGAACGUUUUUCAGUCAAAUCACUUAUUCAACAGGUUAUAACACAUACCCAGUAUCAGCUAUCUUUGCUGAUUUCAAUGACGAUCAUCAACUGGAUAUGGUUGUGUGCAACACUAAGAGUGAUAAUAUUGGUAUUCAUUUCGGAUAUUCUAGUACGAGUUUUGUGAGUUUACCAGCCUAUUCGACGGGAGUGUUUUCUCGACCAAUGUCUAUUGUGAUUGGAGAUUUCAACAAUGAUACUCAACUAGAUGUUGCUGUUGUCAAUUCUAGAACUGACAAUCUCAUGGUUCUUCUCGGAUCUACAUUUGGAACAUUCAUGAGCGAACAGAUAUAUUCGACAGGAAAUGGUUCUCAUUCAUGUUCGAUUGCAAUUGCUGAUUUGAACCGAGACAAUCAAUCGGAUAUUGUUGUUUCCAACAGUGGAAACGAUAAUAUUGGCAUCUUUCUGGGCAAGAGCAAUGGCACGUUUGCCAAUCAGAGCAUAUAUUCGACUGGUCUUCAGUCUCAACCGUCAUCCGUUCGUAUUGGUGACUUUAAUAACGAUACUUUGUUAGAUAUUGUUGUGGCCAACUAUGGCAGUAAUACAGUUGGUGUGUUUCUUGGAUACGGCAAUGGAAAUUUUUCUGACCAAAUCAUAUUCUCCAUUGGUUUCAAUUCUCGACCAUUUGCAUUAUCAGUAGCAGAUGUGAAUGAAGAUAAUGUGACAGAUAUUAUUAUCGGAAACUACGGAUAUGGAAGUAAAAAUAUUAUCAUAAAACUAUGUUGA